GUAUAAUAAUUUUAUAUACAACAACUUAAGCCCGUUAGUUCUGAAUUGAAACAUAAAACAAAAACGACAAGUGACAGCCCAAGUUUUAUUAAAAUGGCCAAGUGCAUCGUCUAGAAAAGUAAAAUUAUUAAAAAUAUUAUAGCUCGUAAUUUAAUUUAUUUAAAACUCUUGAAAGUAUAAAAUAUGGUGCCAAUGGGAAUUCCAAUAAUGGUGUUGGGUGCUGUUGUUGGAGUUGUAGCAGCAUCUGCAAUAUUUUUCAUAAGACGAAAUCAGGAACACAAUAAUCAUAGAUAUCAAUAUGACAACAAUCGAUAUGAAAAAUCUGAACGAGCAAGAAAUGUUAACCUUACUUGUCCAUUUUGUGGACGGCCAACAGUAGCCAAUGAUUAUCCAUUAGCAUGUGGUCACUUGUGUCAUGUAAUUUGUUUCAGAAGUCGACCUCCUAGUAUUAGAAAUAAUUGUUCAUUUUGUCACGAUGAUAAUCAAGAUGAAGUGGUAUCAAGAUCAUCUUCUCGAUUACAUGAAGAAACUAGACAGCGAACUAAUCGUACAGCUCGAUCUAGUAAAACUGGAGACGUUUUGACACCUGGGAUACAAACUUCAACAUCAGGUUCAGUCUCAGGAUCAUCAACUUCACGAUUACAGGAAACUACGCAACCAAUUGGUAGUCCGACUACAUCUAGUGAAACUAAAAAUAUUUCGGCUACUGAAGUUAAAACUCCAUCACCUGGUUUUGAAUCAUCAACAAAAGAUUCGAAAUGUGCGUACUGUCGAAUUCCAAUAGAAAAUCUUGCUGCUAAUAAACAAUUACCAAAUUGUCGUCAUUAUGCACAUGAAAAGUGCAUGAAAAGUUUUUAUGAAUUAUUAAAGUGCCGGACUUGUAAUCUUAAUGGUGACUCAUCAGACUCUGCAGACGAAACGGAAUUACCGUCACAUGUAUCUCACGACCAAUAAUUAAUAAUUAAUUGUCUGAUUAGAAUGUAGAUAACUUUAAGAUAAAUUUAUUUCAAUUAUUAUGAGCGAUAGAAAAUAAUGAAUUUUUUAAGUUCUAUUUAUCUCACUAUACAAUAAGAACUUAUUAUUAUAGAUAACGAUUUGUUACACGGAUAAAAUAACAUAUAUUUUCAUAUAUAUUAUAUAUUAUCUAAUAAAUAAAUUGCACGUUGUGAUAAAACAUUUUUAACUUUGCUUACAAUUACCAUCAAACAUUUAACUGCUGCUCCAACAUGAGUCAGUAAGAUGAGUUUAUUUUCAAUGUCAAUCUGCAAUAGUUAAUAAUUUUAUUUGCUACUGAAAGUAUCGACUUAUUAAUAAUUCAAAAUAUAUUCUAACAAUACUAAUAAUUUGAGGGAUAAAUAAAUAUUGCAAUGGCACAUCAUCUGGGUGGUUUAGUAAUUGAACUCGCUAUUAAUGUCGUAUGUUUGAGUAUAGACCACUUAAUCAGCAGAAAUAAAAAAUCAAAGAACAAAAGUAAACCCUACGAACCAGGUCUUGAAAAAAAUAAGUGCUCAGUAUGUGGAAAAAAUUUUAAGUCGAAAUUAAAACAUCGUAAACUAGGGUGCGGUCAUACUUGUCAUAAAUCAUGUUAUCAAUCUGGAUUUAAAGCAUGUAAUUUUUGUCAAGAUGAUCAAAAAGAUCUUCAUGUGAUUUAACUUUUUUUCGAAUUAAUAAUAUUUUUUAAUUAAGUAUUUAAAUUAUUAUUGAUAAUAAGAAGUUGAGCAUUUUGUAGUGUUUAAAUUUAUUUUCUUUCGUCUUUCUUUCACCUUAGACUUAAGGAGUGACAAUUCAUUACGAAGAUUUGAACCAUCAAAAGAGGAAUCCUAAAAAGCUAAUUUAGUUUUUAAAAAAAUUUUAAUCCGUUUCAGAAGAAAUUUUUUUUUAUUGUAUGAGUGAAACAAAGAAAGUUCCAUUAAUUUCUUUUAUGAG